AUGAAGUUCACUAUCGCUACCUUGGUCACCCUCGCCAUGUCGGCUGCCGCCAUGCCUUCCACAAACGGAAAGCCUAAGACUAAGGAGAUCUCCUUCUCCCAGGCCGCCGGACUCUGCACAGUAGGCGAGGUCUCUUGCUGCAACCCUAAGAAGGAAAUCAGCGGCAAUGGCGUCCUCGGUAACCUCCUCGCCGAGGGACUUUUGAACAACUUGAUCGGCACCGGCGACUCCGCCUGUACCUCAGUCAGCCUGAUUAAGAACUUGAACAUUCUCGGUAUCACUAAGGAGGCCCAGGAAGGAACCACUUGCACUAGUGUCAUUGCCUGUUGUCCCGCUGGACAGGACUGCACGGCCAUCAAGGCUUAA